GUGAAAAACAGAAAGCAAACACAUUUUUAAUUAAGAUGUGAAGACGAAGCAAGGCAUAGUGUUACAUUCAUUUUAAAGCGGAGAAUUAUGACAUUUAUCAGAGAGUUAGCCUUACCAGGACGAGAAGUGAAAAACAGAAAGCAAACACGUUUUGAAUUUAAUAUGUGAAGACGAAGCAAGGCAUAGUGUUACACUCAUUUUAAAGCGGAGAAUUAUGAGAAUUUGCUGUUUUUACUACUUUUUACGAUGAAAAUCGAAAAGCGUUUGUCAUGCUUUUACUCCAGACUUACAGUUAUCCAAACAUACCAUAGACCUGAAACAGAAUGGAUGAAGCAGGCUCCAAAACAAAGAAACACAAAAGAAAACACAAAUAUGACAUUGAAAAAAAGGAAGAAGCAGAAUUUUGUAAAACUGAAAAAGUAAUUGUUGAGCCAAAUGAAUUCAUGUCUCCGGUUAGUGAGAGGAAAAAGAAGAAGAAAAAGAAGAAAAAGUCCAAAGAUGAGGAAUCAGAAAGAGACAUUGUCAGAGAAUGCAAGAUUGAAAAUGAAACUGACAUUGUUGAAGCUGUUUCUAAUAAAAGGAAAGUUUCUGAAAUAGAGAAUGGACAUGAUGAGGAGAAAUGUGAAAAGAAGAGAAAAAGAAAAGACAAGGAAAGGGACUUAGAAAGUCAAAAUAAUAUCAGUAUAAAUUCUGAGAAUGCAUGUGCUUCAGCAGAUAUUCAGGACUUUAGUAACAUGAAUUCAAAAAAGAAAAAGAAAUCUAAAAAGAAAAAGAUGGAGUCAGAUAGGGAUGUAGAAGUAGGUCUAAUUGAGAAUGCUGAUGCUAUUAAACAGAAAGAAGAAACCAAGAAAAACUUAAUAGAAAUCACAGAUAGGAAGGAAAAGAAGAAACAUAAAAAGAAAAAGAAAAAUUUGAGUGAACCAGAUGAAUUCAAAGAAAAAAGAGAAAUUAAAGAAAGUAUAGAGACUUUAUGUCAAGAUGAGAAGAAAAAGAAGAAAAAGGAUAAAAGGAAGGAUAAGAAUGCAGAAAUAGAACAUGAGGAUACUUAUAGUCCAAACGAAAAACAGGAAAGUUGUGUUAAGGAAAGAACUAAAGUUGUAAACAGUUUAGAAACAGACAGCAGUCAGACUCAAAACAAAGAAAAGAAAAGCCAAGGAAUAGACACUGAAGAUGAAAACUUAAAAACUGGUCAGUGGUCUGGUGUUGAAUUGGGUGAUUCUGAAAGGCAAAAUAAAUUUUUCAGACUUUUAGGAGGUUUUAAGAAAGGAAGUGAUGCAUCCCAAAUACAGAAUAAGUUUAGCCUUGGUAAAAAACCUGCAUUUUCUUCUGCCAAUAAUUUCCCAAAGAAGACUGGAGGAAGUUUUGCUAUGAACAAGAAGCAGGAAAAUAUAUAUACUAAGGCAUUAGAGGGUGAAUAUGAAAGGGCAAUGACCAUGAACCUGAACAGAGGGAUUGGGCUAGGAUUUGAAAAACCUCCUGAGGAAGGGAAGAAAUUCUAUAUUGACACAAAAGCGUCAAAGUCUAUUAAGUUUGAUAAUUAAAUAGAACCUGAUGUAUCAGAUUCAGAUGACAUUUUAAAAGUAACAUCUGUCGACAGUGUUAGCACUGUGGCUAUGGAUAAAAAUCUUGUCUAAAACCGGAAUGUCCUGAGCUUAGAUAUUUGGCAUUUGAUAUAGUAUAAUGUAGUGUUGAUCUACCAAGCUUGU